AUGACCGAUCUACAAAACCACUUUCUGUACAUGGCUGCGGCUACAUUUGUGGCCUAUAGGGCAUUGAUGAUUGGAGAAACCCCAGUCGCGUGUAUUUUUGUCGAUAAUCGUACCGGAAAGAUCGUUUCGUAUGGCUGCAACAAUACUAAUGAGUCUCUCAAUGGAACUAGACACGCAGAGUUUGAAGCCAUCGACAAAAUCAUGAAGAAGGAGAAUCUUUUGGGUGCUGAUGCUGGUGUUUGUGCCUCUCACUUUGCAAAUUUGACCGUUUACGUGACCAUCGAGCCGUGUGUGAUGUGUGCACUGGCUCUCAAACAGAUUGGAAUCAAAAAGGUCUAUUUUGGAGCCGCCAAUGAGAGAUUUGGGGGCAAUGGAACCACGAUCAAAGCCCAGGGUGAGAGCUACGACAGCAUCGGAGGCAUCAUGAGAAUAGAGGCCAUUCACCUUCUCCGAAGUUUCUACAUCCAGGAAAAUGAAAGUGCGCCUACUCCGAAAGUGAAAAAGAAUAAGGAAAUCCAUGGGAAGGAGUUUCCGCCCAAUCUUGACUUCCCUCUAUACAUCUCUGCAGAGACAUUCAAGACUGAGUUUGGUGAGGAAAGAUACGAGAUUUUCUAUGGAGCACAAGCCCUGGAGCAAGAAAUCAGUCCGAAAAUUCAUCUGGGAUACAGUUUUGUGGAUGUGUGUUCGAAAGACAUUCUCCUCGAACUACCUAGUUUAGAUCAAUUGUACCUCAACAAAGUCAUAAAUGUUGACGAAGACAUUCUGGCAAUGGCAGAGCUCCUUCCACGAGUUGACGACCAAGGGAUGCCAUAUUUUUAUUCACUUAGUGACACGAAAAAGCGGAAAAUAGAUUCGAGCGCAUUAUAG